AUGCGCUGCAGAGUCCUCUACGAUUUUACUGGAGAGAACAGUUCAGAACUGACAGUCAGAGAAGGAGAAGAACUUGUAGUCACGAGCAAAGGAGAUGAUGAUGGCUGGUGGACUGCAAAGAAUCCUGUAACAGGCGCAGAAGGAAUCGUCCCAGCUUCGUACGUCGAAGAAAUUGCCGAAGAGAACUACGACGACGUUCCGGACAACGAUUCCUUCACUUCCGAUUCGGACGAUGGCGAUUAUAUCCAACCUACAUCGAAUUCUUCUUUCGCGAAUAAUACGUUCAGAGCUGUGAAUUUUCCACCUCCGCCAGCGAGAACAACCUCCACAAGAUAUCCUGGAUGGGGCGGUGCUUUUGGAACUCCUGCACCUCCACCAGCCGCGAAUGGGCCAGUACCAGAACCAGCAAGAAGUCCUCAAGGAAGUGCUUCGCCAGAACAUGCUCCUUCUUCGUCAGUCAGUUCGUCAAGAUCUGGUGAGCCGGUAAAUCAACCCUCUGGAACGACAAAAGGCGUUGUCGGAAAAGACAUUUCCCGAUUCAAAAAAUACAUCAAAGUUGGCGCAGAAGACUUCAUCAUCGGCCUCGCGCCGAAGAAAGCCGAUAGAAAACUAUACGAAAUCGUCGAUCCGGGCCACCUUGUUCAGUGGAGAGGAGGGAUGAAUACAGGCAUUCAGCUGGAAAUCACGUCGACAGAGCAAGGAAGAAAGGGGAUGGGAAUGAAGGUCUUUACGCUUUACGAAAUUCAUAAUAUCUCCGCGAAUGUGACCGUUAAAAGAAGAUACAAGCAUUUCGACUGGCUGGCAGCUCGUCUAAAAGAACAAUUCCCUGUCUCACUCCUCCCUCGUCUUCCAGAAAAGCAGCAAAAUGGCCGAUUUGAUGAACAUUUCGUCAAACGUCGCAAAACCCUCCUCAACGCCUGGAUCAAAGAAGUCUGCAGGCAUCCAAUCGUGUGCAAUUCGAAGCUGAUCACGAGUUUUAUCACGAUAAAAGACGCAGACCAGAAGGAAUGGAAGAAUUACAAAAGAAGUAUGGAAAAGACGCCGUAUCAGUUGGCUGGUUUCUUCCAGGCCGUCGAUGUUCCCUCGAAUUCGCCGUUUUUGAAAGAUUCGGAGAAUCAAAUGAAGAAGUUUGAGCAGUUCUCUGGUGGAAUGGAUAAGACAACGAGUCAACUUGCUGAUGCCCUAAGCAGGAGUCUAAAAACGCACGACACUUCGAUAAAGAGCGAAAUCAUCCACGUAGGUCGCGCAUUCGACGAGCUCGGCAAGGUCUUCGCCUCCAAGCAGCAAAAAGAAGGCUCCGUAGAAUUGGCGACCGCGACGGCAGCUGCGGGAAAGACAUUUGAAGAAUCGGCGCAAUUGGUAACGAGUUCGGCGCUAGAAUCGACGAUUCCUUUCCUGGACAAUUUAUGGCUAUACGAUGGAUUAUUAUCGCACAAAGAUGGAAUGGUAGAAGUCGGGAAACAGACGAAAGAGAAGAUAGAGACGAAUAGAAAGAAAUUGAGCGGGACUUCAGCUGACAAGGAGCUUCAAAUCAAGAGUGAUACAAUUAACGGAGCUCUGUUAUCGGAAGCCGACUAUCUCGAUGAAAUCCGUAUUCCAGACUUCACCCGCAACAUCAAGCAGUAUCUAUCGCGUCGAGCCGAAUACCACCGCCGCCAAAUGGAACUCUUCGAAGCAGCAGCAGCGAAAUUUCCCGACCUAUGA